GGGGAGGCUCGGAACGUCGGCGGCUGCCGGGUAACAUGGUUACAUGUCAGGGAGAGUCAGCCUUCAUCAUGGAACAUGGACUGAGGCGAAGGCGGGCCAUGGACCGGCUGCAGAGGCAGCACCAGCCCCAGCCCCCGGGAGGAAAGGCCCCGGGGCAAUGAGGCCCCCUGCCUCGGCCAGACUCUGCUUGCGCGAAGAGGAGGAAGAGGAAGCGAAGGAAGAGGAGAAGAAAACUGUUGUUGGGGAUCUGCUUGUCUGCUGCUCUUAGCUGAACCGACUCCAUGCCCUCCUGAUUCCCUAGGUGCGAGGGCAGCAUGAGGAAGACGGCUUCGUGGGGCCACUGAACUUCUUGCCUUUCCCUGCCCGGCUCCAAACCCAUUCGCUCCCUCAUUGGUGCCUAGUGACCAUGACGGGGUCCAGCGCCAAUGCUUGCCGCAAAGCUCACCCCAAGGGAGAGAAAGGGGGGCGCUCCCGGAGCUCCCAUGCCCGGCCGAUCAGUACUGCCAACAACGGAGGGUCCGAGGAGGAGGACAAAGAUGGAGGGGUGGCCUUCCUCGUCAACAAAAGUGGAUUCCCCAUUGACGGGCACACCUGGGAGAGGAUGUGGGGCCACGUGGCCAAGGUGCACCCCUCGGGCCAAGAGAUGGUCGAGACCAUCAGGAACGCUGCCCAGCUGACAAAACCUUCAGUACCUUCUGUGCCAAACUACAAGGCUUCCAUGACGAUCCCCGAAUGGCUUCAGGCAAUACAGAAUUACAUGAAGAUGCUGCAAUACAAUCACACGGGAACUCAAUUUUUUGAAAUUAGAAAAUCAAGACCUCUAAGUGGGUUAAUGGAAUCGGCAAAAGAAAUGACCAGGGAAUCAUUACCUAUCAAAUGCCUUGAAGCAGUUAUCCUGGGGAUAUAUUUAACUAAUGGGCAGCCUUCCGUGGAACGAUUCCCAAUCAGCUUUAAAUCCCAUUUCUCAGGGAACAAUUUUCAUCAUGUGGUGCUUGGAAUUUAUUUCAAUGGCCGAUACGGAUCGCUGGGCAUGAGCCGAAGAUCAGAGUUGAUGGACAAACCGUUGAUCUACCGAACUCUCAGUGACCUCAUCUUUGAAUUUGAAGAGUCUUAUAAAAGGUACUUGCACUCGGUGAAGAAAGUGAAAAUUGGAUUGUACGUCCCUCAUGAGCCACACAGCUUUCAGCCCAUCGAGUGGAGGCAGUUGGUCCUCAACAUGUCAAAGAUGAUGCGUUCUGAGAUCAGGAAGGAGUUGGAGAAAUAUGCCAGGGAUAUGAGAAUGAAGAUUUUGAAGCCCGCAAGUGCCCAUUCACCAGUCAAGCAGAGGUCACGAGGAAAGUCCUUGUCUCCCCGAAGAAGACAGGCCAGUCCUCAGAGGCGGGCCUGCCGAAGAGACAAGUCGCAGAAACUGAGUCCAAUUCGGCUGACUGAAGUUUUCAGGCCGGCUGUGCUGGACAAGAAGGGAGGAGACCUCUCGACAUUGAAUGAAGUUGGCUAUCAACUGCGCAUCUGACCAGGCUAGAGAUGGAAUACAUUGGCUUCCGGGGUGCUCUUUGCUGCACUUUACCCUGUGAUCUGUGGACAUUGAGGGAGGGGGAAAGGGGGCUGCCAGUAUUUAUUAUGAAUGUGAGAGUUUUACUCGCGAUUUCACCUAGAACUUAGGAGAAGUGACAGUGGUGAUAUUUUUAUUUUUUACUUUUCGAGUCAUGAAAUGGAAUCAAGGAAAAAAGGACAUUAAAAAAAAGAAAUGAUAAUGCUAACGAUAACGGUGUUAAUCCUCCAUCCUGCUUAAGAGGGGGAGGUGAUGUGUGUGGCUUGGCUUUUUAAAAUUUGGAUUGUUUUGGUAGUGGCUACUUUGCAUUGGUUUGGAGCAUUGUGUGACGUCUUCUGUAGGAUUUAGGAGUGGCAAUGAUGAAAGUAUAUUCCUCUGUGGGGUUUCUUUUUCUUUCAAGUGCUGGGGGCAAAUUCAAGAAAGGAAUCGUCUUCUGAGAACUUGCUUUCUACAGCCUCCACUGAAAAUAAGGACAAACUGGAGUCACAACAAUGGACCUCGGUGGAGAUUCCGGAAACCUUUCCCAAGCUCUAACUCGGUGUAAGGGAAGUUGCUGAAAGACUGUGUUUUGAAUCCAGCAUUGAAAUGUGACAUUCAGCAAUAAAAACGUGGUCCAGAAGUUACACUAGUGGGCUUCCCCCCUUCAAAAUAUCAAUAUUACCUCAGAAACCUUUACAAUAGAUAUGCAAAACUGACAGUGUUUUAAUUUUGUAAUGGGUUUGUAUUGUGUUCCCAGCUUCUCCAGUAGCAGAGCAUUUACUGCACCCUUCCCAGUUCUACUCCAUUCUGCCUUAUUCCCUAUUUCUGCUCAUCUGUGACAAAGGACUAAAAUGGUCAUGAUAUACAAGUGUCCUCUUCAAAGCACUGAAGUCUUACAUUACGUUAGGGAUAGGGAAAACUUAAUGAUCUGCCAAGGAAAAAAAACCCGACCAAUACAGCUUGGGCAUCCCUUAUCCGGAGUUCUGAUAUCCAAAAUAUUCCAAAAUCGUCCAUAUAGGUGGCUGAGAUAGUGACACCUUUGCUUUCUGGUGGUUCAAUGUACACAAACUUUGUUUCAUGCACAAAAUUAUUUAGAAUGUAGUGUAUAUGAAACAUGAACAAUGUUGUGGUUAGAAUUGGGUCUCGUCUCCAAGAUGCAUGUAUAAGCAAAGGUUUGAAAAAUAAUCCAAACCCCGAACAUUUCUGGUUCCAAGAAUUUUGGAUAAGGGAUACUUGGCCUGUAAUAAUUAAGUAAAUAUCAGGUAAAUAUAGGAUUUCAUCACAAGCUUUUAUUUUUCAUGAACUACAAUUUUUACAAGCACAAGUGGAAUGAUCCAGUGGUUUUGAAUCCCUGAGGCUCUCAUGUUCAUGUGGAGCGCUGAGCUUACAAUUAUAAUUCCAUUUUCGUCAGCACACCAUAGAGUGCUCUGCACAUCCAAUGGGAACCCAUUAUCUUUGGGGAAUAUUUUUCAAAACAAAAAUAAAAGGCUAACAUGCUCCAGAUCUACACAAAGCCCAGGGAAACUUUGGAUCCUUCUAAAGAACUAGCGAGCAUUGUUUUUGUACGGAUGAACAUUCUUGUUACAGUCACAUUUGUGUGUCAGAUAUUCUUAAAAACAAUAGCAGAAUCUAUGGGCUUCCCUUAAGAAUGUACUUUUUUUUCUUUGUGAUACGUAUUGUUGUUGUUUGAAAUUGUUAUCUUCAAAUGUAUUGAGGCCCCAAGUCAGUGAUGUCUUGACAUCUUAUAUUAAGAUCCUCAGACAUCCAGGAGUGAUGUUGUGGCCAAUGCUUUUGGAGGAAACAACCUUUCUUGUAGACAGCAUUCAAAUAAAAAGGAAUGUACGACUACAUCCACAGCCAAGAAAAUGUAUGCAAUGCAGCAAUGACACUGUGUUUUUUUGAAUUAGGGAAAUGCUGAAAGAAAGAAAAAACAAUACAGUGAGCUGCUGUUUGGGAUAUGGAGAGGGGUGAGUUCCUUAAUGUUUUUCUGGCCAGAUGUAAUUAUAAUACCACUGGUCUCUCAAAUAUGGUUAAGAGAUUGAGGGUGCAAUUCUGUGUACCAGGGACUGAAAAUAACAAUAUAUCUUUUUUCAUGUCAGGAGCAACUUAGGAAACUGCAAGUCACUUCUGUUGUGAGAAAAUUGGCAUAAUAAUAAUAAUAAUAAUAAUAAUAAUAACAACAACAACAACAACAAUACACUUUAUUUAUAUUCCACUUUAUUUCCCCAGAGGGUCUCUGAGUGGAUUAGAGUACACAUAUGGGCAGCAUUCAAUGCCUUUUACACACAGACAUACAACACAGACAAAGGUAAAGGCCUUCCCCUUUUUCCAUUUCUGGCCUCUGGAGGCAAUGCUCAACUCUGGCCAUUGGGAGGUGUUCUUGAUCCAUUUUUCCAUGCUGAGAAGCCUGUUGUCCAUAGACAUCUCCUAUUGUGUUGCCAGCAUGUCUGCAUAGGGUUCCCUUUUACCUUCCCGCCAUGGCAGUACCUAUUGAUCUACUCAUAUUGCAUACUUUUUUGAAGUGCAAAACACCUAGAGGGCUGAAGUUUACCCAUUCCUGGUCUACAGGAUCCCAUUAAAGGAGCUAGAUAUCCUGGAGAGAUGUUCUUUGCAGAAGUGCUCUGUGUCGAAAUCGCUAGGUCCUCCAGCAUAACUGUAGGAAGUUGAUUAUAGAGUCACACUGGAGGACCAAGAAAUUCCUAGAGAUAAUAUUUUUAAUAAAGUCUUGAAUAAUGAAAUCUGUAAAAGUCAAAACUGGAAAUGUGGAGGGAUGACUGUAACUCCUCAGUAAUUGUGCAUAGGAUUGCUGCCUAAUAGCAGGCCAUGCUAGAAUACAUUUCCCUUUGUCUCAGAUUGAUUUUCCACCAUAAGAAAAGUUUGUCUUAUUCCUUAUGCACAACUGAGGCUAAUAAAAAACAUUCUGAUUUAGUAGGAAUUUGGCAUUCUAAUUCUCAAAAUCACCUCAGAUUUGCUUCAUUAUGUACAGCUUUUUCCCCACAACGUGCUUUGAUAUUUCUGUGUUGCAAGAUGUGACCGAAUUAAAUUAGUAUGUGAAUUAGUAAUGCAAUAUGGGAAAUAACCGUAUGUGUGGUGCAACAUUUUUAUUGCUUUCUGAAUUGAACAUCCAAAAAUAUAUUAAAAACAGCUACAUUGUGUUUUUUAAAAGUUGGUUUUGUUUCAAGCCUAUGUAAUUAAUGAAAACCAAGUUUCCAUAAAACUCAGAGCUUGGAAAAAAUACUUCUUUGAAACACAGCUCCCAGAAUCUUUCAUGCUGGAUGAAAAAUCCUGGCGGUUUUGUCUAAAAAUAACUUACUUAACCUCUUUUACAAAACAUGGGCUGCUAAUUUAUUUCAAACCAUAAUUUUAAUCUGCCUAACAGGUUAACCAUUACUCACCUGACUGCAUAUUAAGUUUGAAACCAAGGUUAGCAGUCAGAAGAUACUAGCAAUUGAUCUGAAGAAGGGAAAGACUAUGUGAGCCUGUGGGUUGCUUUCAAUCUCUUAACCAUAUUAAAAACUUUAUCGCACAAAGCUGAUGGAAGUGCAAUUUCAGCAGGAUAAAAACACGUGUUGAUGUUGUGUUUUCCUGUAAUCACAUUGCACUUGAAUCAUGAUUUGACUUAUCUCUUUUCAUUAGUGGGGAAAACCCAUCAAUGAAUCCAACAGCACUGCUGUUCCACCACUCUCUCUUGUGUGAUAAUGUCCUCUCGCCACAGUUCUGCUAUUGCAAAGUGGAGGAAAGACUGUGCAGAUGUGACAAAAUGGAGGGUGGGGCGGGGGCGGAGCGAGCAAACAAACACAGCAUGCAUCCCAUUGGGAAGGGCAAACACAAGAUGUGAAAGUGAUUGGUCUAAUAAAGUAUAUUUCCAAUGUGGUUGUGAUUAUGCAAUAAACUGGUGUGAUCAAGUCCUAUGAUGUGAUCAAGUCCUAUGAGAUUAGUGAUGUUAUAGCUCAGGCAUGGGCAAACUUUGGCCCUCCGGUAGGCUGUUAGGAAUUGUGGGAGUUGAAGUCCAAAACACCUGGAGGGCCAAAGUUUGCCCAUGCCUGUUAUAGGUGCAUCAUAAAAUGACAGCAGGAUCUCACAUUUGUAGCAUGAUGCAGUGCAACAAGUACACACUGCUAUUGGGCUGCAGGGAGGAAUGAAAAAGUUCACUGGACCCUCUUUGUACCAAGAGUUUUAAAAUGUUACUUUUUUGUACUAGAACUCCCAGAAUAAACUACCCAGCUUGGCCAUUGACCGAAGAAUACUGGGAAUUUAAGUCCAGAAAGUAUUGUUCCCAAAACUCUGGUUGUGCCCUUUUAUAGAGUGUGUGUUCCUGAUAAAUUUACUGCUUUGUAAAAAUUUGGACAAUAUUUCUUUAUUCAUUCUUUUUACAAAAGUGUUCAGCCACCACAGGAGUCAAUUAAUAUUAGAUUUUUUUUUCUUUUUUGAAAUUAUUUUUAAAUUUGGUAACUGGCCUCUGUUUAAGA